UGUGGUGGUGGGGAGUUUGCCUGCCUGAACUCUUGUGCCGUGUGGUUUCUCAGAGUUGGAGGUGGUGUAAUGGGGAUUCCUUGAGUAGUUGCGGAGCCCUACGAGAGCCUGGGCGGCCCGCUCAACGAAAAACUGACUUAUUGGGGUGAAGAGAGAGAGAGAGGAGAGAGCCUUCGGCUGUUGAAGGGAGGAAAUUGUUGAUUCUGCGGAAGAGUGAAGGCGGCGGGCUGGGGGGCUGGGGGUGGCGGUCGUCAUGGUUGCGCCUACAGCAGUCGAAGGUGGAUCCUGGAAAAACGAUUCCACGUUCGCCGAACAAUUCUGAAGACAUUUGGUUCCUCUCAUUUGAUUUCUAGCUCUGUGGCUUGGGAUAGGUUCAGUGUUUCGAUUUCACCAGAUGUAAAGUGGAGACCUUAAUUAUCCGGAGAGGUAUUUCUUGAGAGCAGCUCACUGGCAGCUUUACUAUUCAAAAAUAAUUUAUUCAGUGUAAUGUAGCAGACAGAUAUACUAACAGAAGCAAAAUAGGCUGCAUUUUAAAAGCAGCACGGUUCUCCAUUCAGCCUUUGCCUUAAACGUUUGGCUACUGCUUUUUGUUAAGAUGAACACCCACCCUUCGUCCACUCCCUUUGACACCGAGUGGCGAGUUAGGAACGCAUUGAAGAAAGUGUUUGGGUUUGACUCUUUUAAGACUCCUUUACAAGAGCGUGCAACCAUGGCAGUUAUGAAAGGUGACAAGGAUGUCUUUGUGUGCAUGCCCACAGGGGCAGGAAAAUCACUUUGCUAUCAGCUUCCUGCCCUGUUGGCCAAAGGCAUCACCAUUGUAAUCUCUCCUCUCAUUGCUUUGAUUCAGGACCAAGUGGACCACUUGUUGGCCCUGAAGAUAAAAGUGAGUUCCCUGAACUCGAAGCUCUCAGCACAGGAAAGGAAGGAGCUGCUUUCUGACCUGGAGCAAGAAAAGCCUCGGACCAAGCUUUUGUAUAUCACCCCAGAGAUGGCAGCCUCAGCCUCCUUCCAACCCACCCUGAAUUCCCUCAUGUCCCGUCACCUGCUCUCUUACUUGGUGGUAGAUGAAGCUCAUUGUGUUUCCCAGUGGGGACAUGACUUCCGCCCUGACUACUUGCGUUUGGGUGCCCUGCGCUCCCGCCUAGCAAAUGCCCCAUGUGUGGCUCUGACUGCUACGGCUACCCCACAGGUUCAAGAGGAUGUGUUUGCUGCACUGCACUUGAAACAACCAGUGGCCUCUUUUAAGACUCCCUGUUUUCGGGCCAACCUCUUCUAUGAUGUGCAGUUCAAGGAACUGAUUCCUGAUCUUUAUGGGAACCUGAGAGACUUCUGCCUUAAGGCUCUAGGAUGGAAGGCUGAUGAAGAGUUGUCUGGCUGUGGCAUUGUCUACUGUAGGACUAGAGAGGCUUGUGAACAGCUGGCCAUUGAGCUCAGCAGCAGGGGUGUGAAUGCCAAGGCCUACCAUGCAGGGCUGAAGGCUCUUGAUAGGACUCAGGUACAGAAUGAGUGGAUGGAGGAGAAGGUCCCUGUCAUUGUUGCAACCAUCAGUUUUGGAAUGGGAGUAGACAAAGCCAAUGUCAGGUUCGUUGCCCACUGGAAUAUUGCCAAGUCCAUGGCUGGGUAUUACCAGGAGUCUGGCCGAGCUGGCAGGGACGGGAAGCCUUCUUGGUGCCGUCUCUAUUACUCUAGGAAUGACCGGGACCAAGUUAGCUUUCUGAUCCGAAAAGAAAUAGCAAAGCUCCAGGAAAAGAGAGGGAAGAAAGCGUCUGAUAAAGCCACCCUCUGGGCCUUUGAUGCCCUGGUGACCUUCUGUGAGGAAAUGGGGUGCCGCCAUGCUGCCAUUGCCAAGUACUUCGGGGACGCGCCGCCUGCCUGCAUCAAAGGCUGCGACCACUGCCAGAACCCUGCAUCCGUGCGGAAGCUGUUGGAUGCCCUGGAGCACACCAGCAGCUGGAGCAAGACCUCCGUCGGGCCCUCCCAGAGGAAUGGCUUCGACCCCGAGCUGUACGAGGGAGGCCGCAGGGGUUACGGGGGCUUCAGCAGGUAUGACGAAGGCUCCGGAGGCAGUGGUGAUGAGGUCAGAGACGAGGCCCACAAACGGGAAUGGAAUCUCUUCUACAAGAAGCAGAUGAGCCUGAGAAAGGGCAAAGAUCCCAAGGCGGAAGAAUUCAUCCCCCCAGAUGAGAACUGUCCCCUGAAGGACGCUUCUAGCAGCAAGAUCCCCAGGCUCACCGUCAAGGCUCGAGAACACUGCCUGCGGCUCCUCGAGGAGGCCCUGAGUAGUAACCGCCAGGCGGCGGGCUCCCCUGCUGGAGCAGACCUCCAGGCCAGUGCCGUGGAACUGGAGCACGAGACAUUCCAAAACGCCAAGAUGGCCAAUCUGUACAAGGCCAGUGUGCUGAAGAAGGUCGCUGAGAUCCACAAAGCCUCCAAGGACGGGCAGCUCUACGAUGUGGGAGGAAGCAGGAGCCACGGCGCCAAGCCCGAGCCCCCCGAGCCCGAUGAGUACGACAUCCCUCCCGCUUCCCACGUGUACUCGCUCAAAACGAAGCGGGUGGGAGCUGGCUCCUGCACCUUCCAGACCGCCUCGGAGCUAUUGGGGAAGUCUCAGACGCAGGGACAAGCCUCCCAGCCCGUGCAGGGAGGCAGACAGGAGCCCCUCAGCGUCCAGGAAGACGGGAGCGAGCCCCUCCCCGGGCCCCGUGAUGCUGCCCCAGCUAGCGCUCACCGUGGGGGACCUUCCCCCGAGAAGAAGGCGAAAGGCUCCUCCCGAGGAGGCCCCACGGCCAAGGCCCGGGCCAGCAAGAAGCAGCAGCUUCUAGCUGCAGCGGCCCACCAGGAUUCCCAAAGCAUUGCCCGCUUCCUCCGCCACAGGGCGGCGAGCUCACUGCCCCUGGCUUCAGCCCCAGAGGCAGGGGGCGCCAGCUCCUCCUGUGAAGGUGCCCCCGGACCCUCGACAGCCCCCAAAAGGCGCGUGGAGGGCGAGGGCGGAGCCCCAGCAUGUUCGACCGCCUCUCUCCAGACGGAGGCGUGUCCCCAGGACGGGCCAAGGCAAGGACACAGUGCCUGCCCACUCAGAGACCAGGGCCGCCCCGAAGGCCAGCCCAGCCCCUUAAAGGAGACCGCGCCCGGCAAGCGGAGCAGACACCACGAGGAGGAGCCAGAGAGCCGGGCCCAGAAGAGGCCCCGUCCCCCCGCCAAGCCCCCGCUCACAGCGGAGGCCACGGACGGCACCCCAGCCAGCGGCCAGGGUGCCUUGAACGCGGCGGCCCCAGCGCACUGCCAGCCCGCGGCUCCCGGCGUCUCCCUGAAGGAGGCCGCGGACGUGGUGGUCAGGUACCUGACCCCUCUCUACAAGGAGGGCAGGUUCGCGUCUAAGGAGUUGUUCAAAGGCCUAGCUCGCCACCUCUCACACCUGCUGACUCAGAAGGCCUCUUCUAGAAGGAGCGUGAAAGAAGGGGCCCAGAGCCUCAUCAAGCAGUUCUUCCACGGCCGCUCGCGGUGCGAGUGUGAAGCUGACUGGCACAGCCUGGGCGGCCCUCCGCGAUGACCCCGCACCGUCCCGACUCCGUGGCCCGCGCGGCCCCCGGGCGUGGGAAGCCGGGCCGGCCGGCCGGCAGGGCCACCACCACCGUCCUUCUCCAGGCCUUCCCCCUUCCGACUGUGCUUUGCUUUCGAGAUGGUUCCAGACACCUCGCAGAUCAGGAGGCCAGAGGGCGGCCUCCGGGUGUCCGCUGGCGGCUGGUGUUGGAAGGCGGCGGGCGGGC